UUGGUGGCACUCAGAAUCGCCAGAGCUAAGAAACCUCACACCAUUGCUGAGGAUUUACUGUUGCCAGCGGCCAAAGGCAUUGUUCGAGUUAUGAUCGGAGACGAAUUUGUUACGAAAUUGAGUGCAAUUUCCUUAUCUAACGACACUGUCCACAGAAGAAUAGAUGACAUGUCUGCUGAUAUUCUUGAUCAGAUAAUCCAGGAAAUUAAAUCUGCUCCACUUCCAAUAUUUAGUAUCCAGCUUGAUGAAUCUACAGACGUUGCAAACUGUGCAGAGUUACUGGUUUACGUGAGGUAUAUUAAUGACGGCGACUUUAAAGAUGAUUUUCUUUUUUGCAAACCUCUUGAAACGACAACUACUGCACGUGAUGUAUUUGACACAGUUGGUUCAUUUCUAAAAGCGCAUAAGAUCUCUUGGGAAAAGGUUUGUGGUGUUUGCACAGAUGGUGCUCCAGCUAUGCUAGGAUGUCGAUCUGGAUUUCAACGUUUGGUACUGAAUGAGUCACCAAAAGUCAUUGGAACUCACUUUAUGAUUCAUCGGCAAAUAUUAGCAACGAAGACGCUGCCACAAGAGUUACAAGAAGUAAUGAAAAGCGUCAUAAGUUCUGUCAAUUUUGUAAAGGCGAGCGCUUUAAACAGUCGACUGUUUUCACAACUGUGCAACAAGUUGGAUGCGCCGAACAAUGCUCUGCUAUUUCACACUGAAGUGAGAUGGUUGUCGAGAGAAAAAGUUUUAAAACGUGUUUUUGAGCUUCGUGAUGAACCCAAAGUUUUUUUUAAUCAGAAAGCAAGACCGCAGUUCGAAGCACUUUUCAGCAAUAAAAGUGAACUGCAGAAAAUAGCUUCCUUGGUUGACAUCUUUGCCAUCUUGAAUGAGUUGAAUUUAUCACUGCAAGGACCAAAUGCAACAUGCCUCGAUUUGUCUGAGAAGAUCCGAUCAUUCCAAAUGAAACUUCAGCUUUGGCAAAAAAAAUUGGAUGAAAAUAAAAUUUACAUGUUGCCUACCUUAUCUGCUUUCUUUGAGGAACAUGACAUUGAACCAGACAAAAGGAUUACGAUGAUAAUUUCUGUGAAAGAACACUUGCACAUGCUUGCAGACAAAAUUUCAUCGUACUUUCCAAAUCUACCUGACACCCCAUUUGCACUUGCCAGAAGCCCAUUCACAGUCAAAGUUGAAGAUGUUCCUGAGACAGCACAAGAGGAGUUCAUUGAACUUAUUAACAGCGAUGCAGCAAGAACUGAUUUCUACAUGCCAGUUACAAAAUUCUGGAUCAAGUGUUUGCAGUCAUAUCCUGUUCUGUCUGAGACUGUGUUGCGCCUUCUUCUUCCAUUUCCAACAACAUAUCUUUGUGAAACAGGGUUUUCCAGCUUGUUGGUUAUCAAGUCUAAAUACAGAAGUAGACUUGUUUUGGAAGAUGAUCUUCAUUGUGCUCUUGCAAAGACUGCCCCGAGAAUUUCUGAUCUGGUGAGAAAGAAACAAUCUCAACCUUCGCACUGA